GGAAAAACGUCUCUUUGCUCCGGACUGCCAUGUUUCUUCGUUCUUUUCGCGCUGGGACUCGGAGCUUUGCUAGACGAUCUCUCUGCCAGCCCGCACCUGUCCAUUGUUUAUUUCCGAGCAAAAAACGCGUAUCAAGUGUACCUCGCGAUGUUGUUCACAAAGAAAUUAUGCCACGGAUAUACAUUCAUAUCCUGGCUCUGAAGUAUCUUACUCUCCAGAGAAGCUUUUACAAGCUUUAGAAAUGAUGGCCGACUCGUCUGAGUCCCUUCCACCGAUUCCAUCAGGUCAAGACCAAGAGAGUUUCUGGCGCGCCUAUCUACUGGCCAACCAAAUCAUCAUGUAUCUAGCUGCAAGACCGGCAACGGAAGCGGAAACUUUCGCUGCGAUAUUCCAAUCCGCAUCCGUGCCCGAAAACUCCGCCGUUGCACGAGGACGUGCUGGUGUGCUCAAAAUCACGAAACAAAUCGUUAAAAUCAUGCUUGAAGUUCCACGGUCAUCAUCGCUGAGGUCUUCCCAUUCAGAAGUCUUCCAAGCGUUCGAAAGCCUGCAAAAGACUCACGAUAUCUAUGUCGCACCCAAUGAAGAGAAUGCGAAUGAUCUGGAGAAGUGGUCGAGAUUUUUUGUGGGUUUAAGGACGGAUUUGGUGGAGUUCACAGCACGGAUCGGAACAGUGGUUGAAGAAUGGGAAUCAGUGGAACAACAGAUGAAGAAAUGAUGAAGCUUCCGAUUCAGGCCAAUUCAUCUCUGGAAAAAGGUAUGUACAUGCAUACGCCACACUAUACCAUCCCCCAUGUUCAAUUAUCUGUUCUUAUACAUCUUCGGCCGUUGAGCAUUGGAACAUUUGCAUUUGUAUCGCGAACUCAUAACUACUCAGAGGAGCUCAGAUCUAGAGGCUUUUCUCCACUAUCCAUACAUUCAAUCUCAAUUCUCUGUCA